AUGCUACAAGCAGUUCUCCUUCUCUUUCUUGCUGUGGCAGAUUCGAAGCCACACACUCCCAUUCACUUACCCGACGCACCGGAUAAUGAUGUAGUACAGUACUCUGGGUACCUACAUCUUGACGACGACCGUCAUGCUCAUUAUAUAUUCACGGUGGCAGAAAGCGAUCCUAGUUCUAAACCACUGCUGGUUUGGUUUGCUAGUUCGCUGGGAUACUCGGUAUUGCAUCAGUUUUUCUUUACGCUUAGUCCUUACAUAAUUAGCACUUCGAAUGGCUCAUUAGUAAGAAACGAUAAUGCAUGGAGCAAAGUCACUAAUCUACUGGUCAUCGAUCUUCCUGUAUACGCUGGAUUCUCGUAUGGGCGCGCAAGCAACGCUACGAGCGAUGUUUACGCUAGGAGAGAUCUUACAUACGAGUUGCUUAUACAGUUUUUCCAAGAGUUUCCAGAUUUCAAGGUGAAUGAUCUUUAUGUUGGCGGUGCUAGUGGAACGGGCCAGUAUGUACCACUUCUUGCAUUAAAAAUCAUGCAGAACAGAACAGAAAAUCAAAUCAAUCUGCAAGGAUUAUUUAUCGGAAACGCUAUGCUCAGUUUCGAAGAGAGCUUCACUGACUUAGCAAUGCAAAUGUACAGUUUUGGCCUGGUCGACGAGAGGGACUAUCAAACUGUUCAAAAAGAUUGUUGCAAUGGGACUUUUGAUGGAUGUAAUUUCGCUUAUACGUCUAUUGACGAAUUCUGCGGUGAUUUCAUCGUUCAGCUCAUUUAUAAUAGAGAGAAAUCUGGUCUGAAUAUGUAUAAUUUAAAUGAUAAAUGUGAAAACGAUACUCAGAUUGUGAAUUUUACGAAAAACAGGGGUUUUUCUGGAAAAAGACUCGGAAUGUUGGCAGACACUAUAAAUCUUUAUAUAGAGAAGUCCGAUCUCAAAUGUAUUGAUGAGACUCCAUUUAACUCUUAUUUAAACAGAGCAGAUGUUCGACAAGCUUUGAAUAUACCCGAUGAUGUUCGACCGUGGGAUAUGUACAGGUGGGUUCCAUAUAGCUGUAUGUUACCUGAAGAUAUUUAUGGAGUGGUGAGAGAGGUUGUCGAUUCUAAUUUACGCUUACUCUUGUUUGGUGGCGAUUUGUCUUUGACAUCACCUAUGCUUCAUUCACGGCGAUUUGCUUCCAAACUUGGAUAUGAGCGAACAUCUGAAAUGAAGCCGUUUUUCGUUGAAAAGGACCGAGUGGCAGGCCAUCACACACAAUAUGGCCGCGUUGAAGUAGUAUCAAUACUGGCUUCUGGCAUAUAUGGUUCGGGAAGAAAUGCCGAGACGCUUUACGCCCUACAGGCAUUUCUCAGUAAAGGAAAUUAA